GGUUGGCUCCGCGCUUGAGUGCGGCACACACCGCAAGCAUGACGGGCGCCGGAGACUGCGCUCUCGUGCUGCUCUUGCUGAUCCGAACGGCGCUCGCGCAAGACUACGAUGUGACGGACAUCCAGUGCACGUUCUCGAGCGGCGGCACAGGGAUCCGCGACUCAGUGACGGCACUCCUGCGCAAGCCGGAAGGGUUCCGCGGCGCGCCGCUAUUCGCGGACGACCGCGCCACCGACCCCGUAGCGGACCCUGUCUGCCAGAUACGACCCGAGCCGGAGGACCCCACUGGACUGCUGUACCGACUUCGGAUCACUGACUUCACGAGAUGCGGCGUGCUGAAGCGAAAUGGUUUCGUCCACGUGCGGGUUUGGUUCCCGCAGUUCCCCGGUGUGGUGAUGCAGUCGGACCAAGAGCUGAUCAUCAUGUGCAAGCCGCCGGAGCCUACCAUCAUCGAAAACAAAGCCGCCGGCUUCGCGGGCAGCUUCCCGCACGGCGCGCGUGUCUCCGGCGUGGUGGAAGAGACUCCGGGCCGGCUGGAGUAUGAGGUGGCUCUAUACAAGGAGGCGCCGCCUGUCUCGCGACACUCCAACCACUCCGUCGAUUUGCCCGUUGACCAGGCGGUGCCGAUCGGCACGAAGCUGCAGCUGCGCGCGCGCAUCAACCCCGAGUCGGCGUGGCGGCAUAUCAAGCUGCUGGAGGUGGCGGUGUCGCCCGACCCCGACCGCCCACACGCGCCGGGUGCCGUGCUGCUUGUUAAAGACGGGUGCCGGAACCGCGACUUCGCGUCGAUCAUCCCACACCAGCCGGCGCGGUAUCGGGAACGCCACAAUGAGGUGUUCCUCGACUUCGAGGCCUUCCUGCUCGCCUCCAUGAAGGAACGCUCCACGCUCUGGAUACACUCACAGAUAAAAGCCUGCAUGGACGCCGCCGACUGCCAGCCCGACUACUGCCUCGACUUGUUCGAACCUUCCGGGCAUGGCCGCCGCAGACGGUCGCUGCCAGACGCGUCGCACACGCACAACAUCACGUCGCAAGCGCUGGUGGCUGACAAUGACAACAACUCGACGCCUUUCACGCGGUUCAAGGAGAACCUGGAGUACACCGUAGUGAUGCCUGGGGAGCUCUUCCACCGGACACCGCUGGAGGCCACUUGUGCCACUUCUAUGAUGGUAGCGGUCACGUUAGGAGCGCUCCUGUUUAUGUCUGCUUUGCUGAUGUGCUACCUGGCGACGAAGUUGAACUCCACGCUGAUGAAGCAUAACAGCCUGCAAGCGCCGUCGGGGAAGGGCUUCGAGCAGAUCCUGCGCGAACUCGCACACCACUCGCUGCCAGACACUGGCUACACCGGUCGGCCCACCGUGCAAUGAUCACACUUAGCAUACUGCCACCUAGCUCUCCACAGGACCUAGGCUAGCUAAGUUGCAAACGUUUGAGUAGCAUCGGUACCGUAUAAGCAAGGACGCUGCGUACUCGCGAGGCUCAUAGAUUCCCACGAGUUCCGAAAUUGGAAUAUUUGCAAAUUCGCUAAGCCCCUGUUCAUAAUAUGUAGUUUUAUAAGUUUCUCCGGAAUUUAGUCCAAAGGAAAUGUAAAGGUUUUUAUUAGGUUUUGAC